AUGUCCGCUGGAUACGCUGCGACACAGGAACAGCCAGCAGAGCUCUCCUCCACCAAACCGGGUGAUCAGGGCGUCCUGGCCCCCAGCAAGGGUGAGGCCGAAGUGUCACCGAAAGCAGAUCCAACUCCGGCAGACAAAGCAGAGGUCCAGGGAGACGAACAGGCUGCGACGCGUGCCAAGCUGCGACAGCUCAAGGCAGAGGCCGACGGAGGGCCCAAGCAGCAGGAACUUGCCAAUGCCGCGAAGAUCCUCAGAAAGUUGUCAGAGGAUACCUCCAACGUGAAACUCUACUCCAUGCGAAGAGAUGUGCUGGAACGUGCUGUCGGCGUGGAUUUGCUCUUCGUCUUUGAGGCGGCUGGGUUCGAAGAGCGCGAGUCUGAGACCGGUGCAGUGCUCCAGUGGCGUGGUCCCGAGGAUACAACAAGCUUGCAAGGCAGCCUCCAAGAGGUGCAAAAGGCUGCCGACCUGGCCCUGGACCCGGAGUCCAUGACAUUUCAACAGGUCUCGGAGAUGGUUGCCCAAGGACGGACACUUCCUGGCAUCCUGGAAGUGGAUGAUAAAGUCACAAAGCCCCUCGAGCCGAAAGAAUCCCAGGUCUCGAGGCCCAAAAAGCCUUGGGAAAAGACUGCCAAAGAGGAGUGA